AGCGAAUUGGAAGGUAAGGAGGGCGCAUAACUGCCCGCUGCUUUGCAUUACUUGAAUGAAAGGUCUCAACUGCAGUCAAUAGAGGCUGAGAGUUUCUGACGGCCAUCAAUGUGGUCUAGGAAUCAGCAGCACAUUUGGGCUUGUUCUCAUCCCACAGCACCACAGCUACAACUAUUAACCUUAAGCCAAAUUGAAGUCCCUCGCCAAUCAUGACAACAGUAACCCUGGCACUGGCUCAUACGUCAAAAGCUUACGUCCACGUCAGAUUCCCCGUCAUCCCUAUCCACAGCCCUCACCCAUCUUAUUUUUCGCUUGCAUAUCCUAGCUUCGAUUUUGCGGUCCCCAGAAUUGUGUUCCAUUCCCUUGCGAUCCGCCGGAUAGAGUGUUGUCAUUCUUGUGCACCGUUUUCCAGACACGCAUACCACCCAAGUCGCUUGUUUAUCCUAGAUUCCAAGUUGGACCAGGGAUGGAAACGCUGGAGAAGAGCAGCGAGUUUUUCUUCCAACGGAAAUGCCGGUGGGCAAUGCGAUAAAAACUAUGAUCAUUGUAGAGAUUGGCCACCACUUCUGCUGGGCUACUGCGUGACGACUUUACCGAUUACCAACGAUGUCUACGCUGGAAUUCUGUCAGAUUUACGAAACUGUCUCUGCCUCCUAUUCUCCGACCAAGUGUUGUGCUUCAGUCAUCGUCAUCCUUCUCUCUCAUGUCUCAAUACGAGUCGGACUCUGCCGUUCCAGUGCAUCCUUACGCUCAGCUUUUUCACGGGUCCCCAUCCAGUCCUGACGUACGAAUAUUUCCUUACCCACCGUAUCAACUAUGAACUGAGGGAUUACCAUGCUUCAAAAUUGUUGCCGGUCUGUGCUUCGGUUCGAUAUCAUCCAUCAGAGUAACGUACCUCUAUAGAUUGGAGACUCGAACUUCAUCUGGCUUUUCUAUGUUUUCCCAAGUGUUCAAAUGUAUAUUAUCUUAUAGAUUCAGAAUAUGAUUACGUCCAGAUGCUUG